AUGCAGAGGCAGAAGAAAUAUUUGACCAAAGGCGGGCUUGCUCGGGAAGACUCAGACGACGAGCUCGGAUACGACGACCAUCCCUGGCAAUGGAUCUAUGAGACUGACGAAACACCCCAACCGGCUGAAGAUGAGAAGACACCGACGAAGAAGCGCAAGGCCAGCGCUCUCAGCCAAGGUUCGAGAAAGAGGGCCAUAGUGGGUGCACGAAUGGGCUCGUUCUCUGUGCGAGUCGGAGAUCCGAUCCUGCUAAAGUCUCCUGAGCAAGGAAAGGACUGGGUUGGACUAAUCUGUUCAUUUUCGAAGACCAACGAGGACGGAGAUGACGAGAUGUGCGCAUAUAUCCAGUGGUUCUGCACCCCAGAAGAGCUGGCGUUUGGAAAGCGAUUCAAAAUCAGACCUGACGUACUUCCCAACGAGUCGUAUAUCACGGCGGACUUCAAUGUCAACCCAUUGACAGCAAUCAAUGGCAAAGCUACUGUUUUAUCGAAAGAUGUCUUCUUCCAGAAAUAUCCUGGAGGAUUGCCGCCCAAGUCGAAAUCGGCUGCAAACCGGUACUCAAAGACUAUUAUGUGCCGACGAGGAGUCAAGCAGAGGACGUUGCAGUUCACUGAGGAUUUUGUUUGGGAGGAGAUCUACCGAGGGCCCGAGGACCUGUUGGAUCUGAUUGACUGGAUCAAGGAACAGACAAAGGGCAAGAAAAAGCAGUUGGCUAGUAAGCAGGAGGACCGCGAGUACGAGCAAAAGAACGAGAUGUGCAACGAGGAGCAGCCCAGGACUCCACACAAACGGCGGAAAACGACUGCGACCACUACAGCGUCAACGCCGAAGUCAUCAGUCAAAGCGUCCAAAUAUACAACACCGACCCACAAGCGAAUCAUGAUCAAGAAGCCCAUUGAGAUCACGCCUCUAGGGACCCGUAUCCUCUCUCCAUCGCAGUAUAUGUCGACACCAUACUCUCAGGCACGCACAACUCUCCAUGUCUCAUCCGUCCCCACUUCUUUGCCUUGCCGUUCGAACGAGUUCAGCACAGUCUAUUCCCACCUGUACUCGGCCAUCGUCGAUGGCUCUGGAGCUUGCAUCUACAUUUCCGGCACACCGGGGACGGGCAAGACCGCCACUGUGCGGGAAGUGGUGGGCGCCUUACACCAAGCGGUCUUGAGCGAAGAACUGGACGAUUUCAACUUCGUCGAGAUCAAUGGCAUGAAAGUUACGGAGCCCCAUCAAUCAUAUUCGCUGCUAUGGGAAGCGCUUAAAGGCGAUCGUGUCAGCCCAAACCACGCAUUGAGCUUGUUGGAACAGGAGUUCUCUCAUCCGUCACCGCGCCGCAUCCCCUGUGUUGUCUUGAUGGACGAACUGGACCAGCUCGUGACCAAGAGCCAGAGCGUCAUGUACAACUUCUUCAACUGGCCGGCGAUGCGGCAUUCGAGACUCAUCGUCCUGGCUGUGGCCAACACAAUGGAUUUGCCGGAGCGAACACUGUCGAACAAGAUUAGUUCUCGGCUCGGUUUGACUCGAAUCACAUUCCCGGGGUACACGCACACGCAGCUGAUGGAGAUCAUCUCGUCGAGACUCGAGGGCGUGCCCGGGAACAUUGUGGACCAAGAUGCUGUCCAGUUUGCAAGUCGCAAAGUCGCGGCCGUUUCAGGCGAUGCGCGCCGGGCGCUGGACAUCUGCCGUCGUGCUGUCGAGAUUGCGGAACAGUCCCAGCAAACACAGAAUACUGCUACAACGGAGACUGACAACGACGACGCUUCUAUUAGUGCAAGCACGCCUAGCCGCAAGGGCAGAGGUGCUACUAAGGAUCUGUCGAACACGAAGCCAGAGGAGAGUGAUGCCUCGAAACCGCUUCCCAGAGUAACAAUCGCAACAAUCAAACAGGCCAUUAACGAAGCGACCUCCUCUCCCAUCGCACAGCAUCUCCGUUCUCUGUCGCUUGCUUCCAAACUGUUUCUUGCCGCUAUAUUGGCGCGCACUCGUCGCACCGGGGUGGCGGAGUCUACCUUCGGUGAUGUUGUGGUCGAAGCCAAGCGCAUCGCCGAUGUGGCCGAGAACAGCGCCAUCCACGAUUUUCUGCUGGCCAAUGGGGUGCCUAGAAAAGCAACCUCGACAAUGCCACGAAUACUUGCACUGGGAGCAGCAGCUAUGGAACUCGUGGAGGCUGGUGUAUUGGCCAUGGAGGCGAGAAGCAGGGGCGAAAGAGCGGGCAAAGUCAGAUUGAGAGUGGGCGAGGAAGAGGUGAAAAGCGCAUUGAUGGGGGACGCUGAGGCGAAAGGUCUGGGAGUAAAUGCUUAA